AGCCUCGCCCGGCGAUAUCGGAACCCCUGAUCUUCACCCUUUGCCCCGUGUUACAGCCGCUCCCCGUGAUCCAUGGAAAGUGAAAGGGAAUUCGCUGGGAGCCCUGCCAGCCCGGAGAAGGAGACAGUGACGCUGUGGGGACGGAGGGCAGGGACCAUGGGGCUGGCAGAUCUCCUCAUCCCCCUCCUCGUCCUCGGGGUGGCCGGUGACCCACUGACGAUAUACACCCUGCCGUCCUCCUCGGCUGUGCUGGGCUCUGCAGCGCUGCUAAAAUGCCGGUUCAAUAUCGGGGGGCCGAUCAAUCUAACCACCCUGCAGGUUCACUGGUAUUUCUCAGAUCAGAGCGUGGCGCAGUACGAUCGGGGGAAGGAAAUAUUCGCACCAGGAGUGAGCAUCUCCGAGCAGGAGUUACUGAUCGGGAACGCCUCCCUGGGGAUGGAGAACGUACAAGUGUCGGACGAGGGGCAGUAUAAAUGUGUGGUCGUCUAUGGUGCGGAGCGGCAGCAGAGCGAGACGACCCUCCGUGUGUUCGCUGCUCCCAGACUCUCCAUCCCCUGGCGAUCGGCCAGGACAGACACAGCGACCUCCUUCCCCUGCCACGUGUGGGGAUUCUACCCCGGGGACGUCACCGUCACGUGGCUCAGAGACGGGCGGGUUCUGACCGACGCCACCGGCUCUGCCCCCCAGAGGAACCCGGACGGGACCUUUAACCUCACCCUGACCUACACCUUCACCCCCACCGCGCGCGACUCCGGCAGCACUGUCUCCUGCCGCGUCAGCCACGCGGCUCUGGCCCAGCCCCUGCAGGAGGAGUUCCCCCUGGCUGUCACAGUCCCAAGGACAGGAGCGGAUCACACCAGCGCCGCGAUCGGGGCGACCCUGGGGAUCCUGGUCGCAGGGGGAGCUGCGGCUGCCAUAGCCAUUUACUGCCGGAGGAAGAGGCAGGAAGGGCCUCCCAGCGCAGUGGAGACGCCCCCCGAGGCCCCAGCUGGGCGCAGCGACCAGACGCGCGGCGAGGACACGGUGGGGCUGGGGACUGACGGGGCCAGCGACGCCGGGGACGGGUCUGAGCAGCAGCCGCUGUUACCUGCUCAGGGCCGGGAGCAGAGCGAGACACAGGAGCAGGACGGGGCGCAGGGCACAGCAGGUUCCAAUUCUUCUGGAUCAAAAGCAUCUGAUGUGGGCACAGGGGUGUCCUCCUGCAUCACGCAGGGAGCCCCAGAGGCAGAGGGGCCAUCCCCGAACACAGAGCCAUUGGGGGAGCUGGGAGGCCGGGAUGAGGAGCGAGUGGGGGCAGCCUCCCCACAGGCACAGCCGGCGGCAGAGGUGGCAUUCCCAGCCCAGCCCAGCGCGGCUGGGGAGGAGGAGGGAGAGACGGACCUGAGCCAGCACAGUCGGAAGGCGAUGCUGCCCACCAGCCAGCCCAGCACAGGGGAUCAGGGGGUGCCCACCAGCCAGCCCAGCACAGGGGAUCAGGGGGUGCCCGGCAGCCAGCCCAGCACAGAGGAUCAGGGGGCGCCCACCAGCCAGCCCAGCACAGGGGAUCAGGGGGUGCCCGGCAGCCAGCCCAGCACAGGGGAUCAGGGGGUGCCCACCAGCCAGCCCAGCACAGAGGAUCAGGGGGCGCCCACCAGCCAGCCCAGCACAGGGGAUCAGGGGGUGCCCGGCAGCCAGCCCAGCACAGGGGAUCAGGGGGUGCCCACCAGCCAGCCCAGCACAGGGGAUCAGGGGGUGCCCACCAGCCAGCCCAGCACAGGGGAUCAGGGGGCGCCCACCAGCCGGCCCAGCACAGGGGAUCAGGGGGCGCCCGGCAGCCAGCCCAGCACAGAGGAUCAGGGGGCGCCCGGCAGCCAGCCCAGCACAGGGGAUCAGGGGGCGCCCGGCAGCCAGCCCAGCACAGGGGAUCAGGGGGCGCCCGGCAGCCAGCCCAGCACAGGGGAUCAGGGGGUGCCCACCAGCCAGCCCAGCACAGGGGAUCAGGGGGUGCCCACCAGCCAGCGCAGCACAGGGGAUCAGGGGGUGCCCGGCAGCCAGCCCAGCACAGAGGAUCAGGGGGUGCCCACCAGCCAGCCCAGCACAGGGGAUCAGGGGGUGCCCGGCAGCCAGCCCAGCACAGAGGAUCAGGGGGCGCCCGGCAGCCAGCCCAGCACAGAGGAUCAGGGGGCGCCCGGCAGCCAGCCCAGCACAGAGGAUCAGGGGGCGCCCGGCAGCCAGCCCAGCACAGAGGAUCAGGGGGCGCCCGGCAGCCAGCCCAGCACAGAGGAUCAGGGGGCGCCCGGCAGCCUGGCCGAAGCAGCUGCAAACACGGUGCCGGAUCCCGCACAGGAGGAAGAUGCCCAGGGAGAGGCCGGAGUCCCACAGGCUCCAGUUCUGGGCGAGAUCUCCCAGCCGCAGGUCCUGGCCCCCGGGAAGCAGGUCACACUGAGCUGCUACAUAUCCAGGUUCUACCCCAAGGAGCUGAGUGUGACCUGGUACCGACAGGGAACAGGAGAGACAGAGUUCCGGGACAACCCGGACACCCACAAGAUUGUCACCCCAGACCCCACAGCCGCCUCAGACGGGAAAUCCUACAGCGUGACGUCCCAGCUCCACUUCACCCCCGUGCUGCCCGAGGACGACGGGGCAGAGUACCUGUGUUCUGUGAAACAUCAAACCCUGCAGGAGCCAGAAGAAAAAUCCACAGGGCCGCUGGAGCUGCGAGCCCAGCCAGAAGUGUCACAGAUCCAGGUGUCACCGCACUGGGAGCCCCGGGAUGAGGUUCUGUUUGCCAUCCAGAUCCAGAACUUUUACCCUGGGGGGAUUCACCGGAUCCAGUGGAGCUGUGAUGGGAAAACUUGGGAAAAGUCUGAACCAACCGACUACAGCGAGAACCCGGAUCUCACGUUCAGUGCUACCAGCGUCUGGAGACUCCCCAGUCAACAAAUCACCCGUCCGGAGCUGAGAGUCCGAGUGUCUGUUCAGCAAAACUCCCGAGAUACCCCGAUCAAGAGAGAGAUCAGAGACACAGAUUUCCUGCGGCCCCCGGAGGUGUCGGAAAUCUCCCUGCCCGAGUCAGUGACGGCGGGGGAGGAAAUCACCCUGAGCUGCCGCAUGACGGGGCAUUUCCCUGGGGCGCUGAGUGUGGCCUGGCUCCAGAAGCGCAAGGACACUUUUUUUUUUCUGCAGGACUCUGCCGAGUAUAGAAUCCAGCCCGGAGCUCCCCACACACAGGACGGGAAAAGCUUCCAGCAGGAGAUGAGACUCAGCUUCACCCCCUCGGUGCAGAGAGACCAGGGGGCCGAGUACGUCUGCCGGGUGGGACACGUUGCUCUAUUUAAUCUGCCAAUAGAGAAACGCACCCGAGUCCUGGAGGUUACAGAAAUCAAACCAUCCAAGGGCACAACCAGCGACGCGUCAGCCAAGGGCCAGGCGGGAGACAACACAGCCGCCGAGGACACAAGCAGCGACGCGUCGGCAAAGGAGCGGGCGGGAGACAACGCAGCCGACAAGGACACAAGCAGCGACGCGUCAGCCAAGGGCCAGGCGGGAGACAACACAGCAGCCGAGGACACAAGCAGCGACGUGUUGGCGAAGGAGCGGGCGGGAGACAACGCAGCCGCCGAGGACACAACCAGCGACAUGUCGGUGAAGGAGCGGGCGGGAGACAAUGCAGCCAAUAAGGGAGCAACUGGCAAUCUGGCGGAGGAUGGCCCAGGCAGCGCUGCACCAGGAAGCAAUGAGAAGGGAGAUGGUUGCCAGUGCCACCCCAGUGACUAAAGUGGCACCAGAUGCUGUGGUCAGUGCCCCACCAGCUGGGGCCCAGAUCCAGAGGCUGCGGCCAGUGCCACACGCCGGGGAGAUGCAGAGAGGGCCGAGCAGGUGGAAGAACCUGGGGCAUAUGGGACAGCAGGUGUCUCUCCAGGCAGCUCCGAGGGAACAGCAGAGACCACGCUGCACCAGCUGCCCAGGCCCUGUGGCCACAGCUGCCUGCUGCCAUCGCUCACUGGCUCCGGUCUCCCUGUGUCUGACACGGGGCCCUGCCCUGGGCUGGAGCUGGCCUGGGGUCUGCUCGCUCAGGCGAUGGGUGUGGGUGGCUGGGGCUCUGGGCUGCCCCUCCUGGCAGCUGUCUCCAUCACACUGCCCUAGUCUGACUGUGGGGCUCAUGCUCAGGUGA